ACGGCUUUACGGCUUUAUCAGUGAUAAUGGCGGAGGAAAGGCGUAAUGACGAACAGCUCUCCGAUGAUGGAGGUGAAAUUAGUGUUUUUCUUCAAAGCUCCAAUUCGCAUUCUGACUGUUUUCGGAAAGUAGUUGUAUUCAUAGAGCUAUGAUCAUUUUAAGACGAGAAAUACAGGCUUUUACAUAGUGUAACUAUUGGGAGUGUAUACCCGUCUGGCGACGGACUAAGGCUAAUGAAAUAGCUAGCACGAUGUUUUGUUUUUGACAUUUAUUUCGUUAGGCAAAUACGAUCUUAAAGGGGGUAGAUGGUCGUGUGUGCGCGUUUGAGGUACCAAGACGGAAGGUACAUUAACCAUGUUUUAGUUGAUGCCUGACAAGUUAUUUAAGUCAUUAGUUUUGUUGCUGUUAGUUUGUAACGUUUCGGCCUAUUCUUAAGUAGGACGGAGCCUAGCCAGCCUGCAUGAAUAGUUUUUAUGACAUAUUGUUUGAUAGACUAGAUUGCCAGAGACAGGAGAACGACGUUUUUCCGUUGAAACUAACUACGUAGAGGUGGCCAGCUUUUCUUGUAUACUGUAACAAUUAGUGAUCAGCCAAUUAGUGAUAAGCUUUAACACCACUAUGUCUGAGGACACGAGCAUUCUUGGUUUUUAUGUUGUAAUUUUAAUUACGUUAUGCUGUGGCAUAAGUAUGGUCAAUAUUCAUGUCGGGGUCCCUUAGCUUGGUUAAUAACUGCAGUUCUUUACCCGCUGGCCCAGUGUCAGGCUGCAGCUGCUCCCAUCUCCCAGGUAAAAAGUAGCUCACCUUGCAAUGGAGGGGGGGUUGCAGGGAAGCGAUCAGCCCGGGAGCCUAUGGGCCACCCGGUGCUGCCCAAAAUGUCCAAGAGUGGACAUGGGCUAACCAGCCAGUCUGCUAAGAAGCCUGCCCCUAUCUCCAUUAAGCUGGGUGCUAACAAACCGAAAGAGCCUGUCCCUGCUCUUCCUGCAAAGAAACCGGCAUUGGCCUCUGUGUUUAAUGAGGAUGAGGAUAGUGAACCAGAAGAGAUGCCUCCAGAGGCCAAAAUGAGGAUGAAGAACAUAGGCAGGGACACGCCCACUUCAGCUGGCCCCAACUCUUUUAACAAGGGCAAGCAUGGCUUCUCUGACCACCAGAAGCUUUGGGAGCGGAAACUUAAAUCCCAAAUUGAUAAAUAAAUUGAUCCCUAUUGUUGCUAGUUGAAGCAUGUUGGAGGGAGUCUGUGGCAGGGCAGAGAGUAUGUGUAGAGAAGUUUUUUUUUUUAUUUCAUUUUAUUUUUUAUUACUUUUUCGUGUAAAAUUAACUUCAAUUUGUUUGCGUCUACAGUAUAAAUUGUAUAUAUUUAACACAAUGUUAAUGUGCUAAGAGCAUUUUAUUAAUGUUCUGCUGAUUAUGGCUGUGUAGCAUCAAGACUGAACAGUUCACCUGAAAGGACAUUUUCACAGCCCACUCAGAUACUGCUCAGAGCCUGAAGAUACUUCAUUAAAACACUGAGUUUCAAAACA